CUGGUGGUCAUUUUAUUUCUCAUUGUUGUUGUUGCUGUUAUUGCUGUUUUGAACCUCAACCAGGUGGAGAAGCAGUAGAGGCUGAACCAGCUCGGCAACACUGCCAAGCUUGUCUCCAUCAUUGUGGUCACCAGCAUCUUCUUCAUGGCCUUUGGGGCACACCAGACAGGGGUCCUGGUCCCCAGGGCCUCACAGAACCCUUUUAAAACAAUGGCCAUAGGUAGGGGCAGAGGGGCUUAG